AUGCGCCUCCCUACAGAAGUUGAGCGCCGUGAUCUUAUCAAGGUGCUCUUCGGGGAUAGCCAUGCUGACCAUGCCAAUACGCAGAGAUUCGAUGCCUACUUCCAGCAUUAUUAUUCGGCCGUUUGCCCAGCCUCCACGGGAGAUGCUGUAAUAGAGCUUGACACCCCGGCAUUGCGCUCGCAUAGCGAUAUCAUCAACUGCGUCAAUCUCAUCAUUCGCAAUCCACAGAUCUCAUUCGAUGCUUUCAUCCAAAGUGCGGUCGAUUCAAAGACGGGAGGAUCAUCUAGUCAGAGGGAAAAGGAGCAUAUCGCUAGAGUCACCACUGAGGUGGCAUUUGCUAUCAGCUGCUCACUCAAAGAAUACUAUGCCCAUGACCUUCUUGAUAAUUUCUCACGUCACGUCAAGUGGGAAGGCAGUAUAUCGUUUGUCACCUUUAUUCAGGAUGCAUUUGAUUCUGUUUCGCUGCCUUGUAACACACCUCACCAAGACCGGAGCAAGAAACACCUCAAGGCAUGGAAGUUAUCUAAACGUUUCGGCAUCAAGAUGAGGAAAACAAACAAUCUGCUGGAGCAUCUUAUAUUGGACCCGAAAAACAUGACCCUCAAAGUCUUUCACCAAGUAUCCUUCCUAAGAGCACAUCUUGAGAAGACGAAAAACGAACCAUUGGACCUUUCAUUCGAAGAGAGUUUGAAAAGGGGAACCUUGCCGCCAAAAUUGCUACUAGAAACACUACUAACUUUCCACGAUGUUCUAUAUCCAGUCGCCAGCGUUCGCGACAAAAGAUCCCGUGCGUCCUUGGAUAAUAUGAUUCAGAAACACGGCUUUGAUCCAGAGAGCAGAUGGAUCGAGUUUGUCCGAGCCACCCCUAUGGAUAUGGAAUUCGACUACUGGGGCUCUCGCCUUUCAAUACUCCAGGGCUUUGUCAAAAAGCCUCCGCCACCAAACGCUCUGGUUGCUUGGUUUGAGAGACACACAUCUGAGAGGAAUGCACUCACUGUUGCUAUCAUUGGACUGCUACUAGCGGUAAUUUUUGGCGUUCUGUCAUUCAUCGUCGGUUUACUUCAACUAAUCUUGGCGUACAUUGCAUACAAAUACCCUCCUGCAAAUGUUUGA